AUGACUGGUCAAAUAACCCAAAGAGGAACUCUAUCUCUCCUGUUAUUCUUCACAUCAGCAGUGACACCAACAUGGUAUGCAGGUUCAGGCUACUACCCAGAUGAAAGCUACAAUGAAGUAUAUGCUGAAGAGGUCCCACAGGCUUCUGCCCUAGACUACCAAGUCCCCCGAUGGUGCUAUACAUUAAAUAUCCAGGAUGGAGAAGCCACAUGCUACUCACCGAGGGGAGGAAAUUAUCACAGCAGCCUGGGUACUCGUUGUGAGCUCUCCUGCAACUGGGGCUUUCGACUGAUUGGACGCAGGUCGGUGCAAUGUCUGCCAAGCCGCCGUUGGUCUGGAACUGCCUACUGCAGACAGAUAAGAUGCCAUGCACUGCCACUCAUCACUAGUGGCAUUUACGCCUGCACAAAUGGGGUGCUUCUUGACUCCCGCUGUGACUACAGCUGUUCCAGUGGCUACCACCUGGAAGGUGACCGCAGCCGAAUCUGCAUGGAAGAUGGACGAUGGAGUGGAGGCGAGCCUGUAUGUGUAGACAUAGAUCCCCCCAAGAUCCGUUGUCCCCACUCACGUGAGAAAAUGGCAGAGCCAGAGAAACUGACUGCCCGAGUAUAUUGGGACCCACCCUUGGUGAAGGAUUCUGCUGAUGGUAGUAUCACCAGGGUGACACUUAGGGGCCCUGAGCCUGGCUCUGACUUUCCUGAAGGAGAGCAUGUGAUUCGUUACACUGCUUAUGAUCAAGCCUAUAACCGGGCCAGCUGCAAGUUCAUUGUGAAAGUACAAGUGAGACGCUGCCCAACUCUCAAACCACCACAGCAUGGCUACCUCAGCUGCACCUCAGCAGGGGACAACUAUGGUGCCACCUGUGAAUACCACUGUGAUGGAGGUUAUGAACGUCAAGGAACCCCCUCCCAGGUCUGCCAGUCCAGCCGCCAAUGGUCAGGAUCACCCCCCAUCUGUGCUCCUAUGAAGAUUAAUGUCAAUGUCAACUCAGCUGCUGGCCUUCUGGAUCAGUUCUUUGAGAAACAGCGGCUCCUCAUCAUCUCAGCUCCUGACCCCUCCAACAGAUAUUAUAAAAUGCAGAUCUCUAUGCUCCAGCAAUCCACCUGUGGACUGGACCUGCGCCAUGUGACCAUCAUUGAACUGGUGGGACAGACACCUCAGGAAGUGGGGCGUAUCCGAGAGCAACAGCUGUCAGCCAACAUAAUCGAGGAGCUCAGGCAAUUUCAGCGCCUCACUCCCUCCUACUUCAACAUGGUUUUGAUUGACAAGCAGGGAAUUGAUCGGGAACGCUACAUGGAACCUGUCACCCCCGAGGAAAUCUUCACAUUCAUUGAUGACUACCUACUGAACAACCAGGAGCUGACCCAGCGACGGGAGCAAAGGGACAUAUGCGAGUGAACUUGAGCCAGGACAUAAUUGAGGUCAAGGGGAAAAAAUCUCCCCUAGUCAGGUGAAACUUGGGGCCUAACAAAAGGAGGAAAUCGUUUCCCACAGUUCUAGCAACAGGACUCUGAGGUGGGUGAGAUUCAUCAAUCUUGGGACAUUCCCAAAACCCCUUUUAAGGGCUGUGUAAUAGUUUCCCCAAGCAAGUUUCUGCUUUCAGUAGCACUCGAGGAGCAUAAGAAGGUAGGCAGGGACUCAUUACAAGUCCUGGAUAAUGGGCUUGGGGUGAAAGUCUUCUUUCCCUAACCUGGGCUUCUGUGCAGCUCUUCAAAGCCUUCCAGAGAAGUAAAUUCUGAAUUUAUCCACCAACCGGCUGUUUUAAAUGGUUCCUCUGCCCUGAGAUGACAGCAGAGGGCAGCAUCAUCAAAACAACCAGGAAACCUAAGCAAAUGUAGCUGGAUUUUCCCUACAGGCUAACCCUGUCGUAGGAGGUGGUGGGAGCUUCAAUACAUUCUGGAACUUGU